AUGGCCAUCGAAUUACCAUUUGAAAUACCAAAGGACAAUUUCAUUUACCAAAACUAUUCCAAGAUUGUGGUUACUUACCAUAGUUUUAUAGAUGAGUCUGUUCCGCAUACAAGAAACAGAUGGAUUGGAUUCAGUGUUUUGAUUGCAUUGUUUCUUUUACGUAUAUUUAUGGCUCAAGGGUGGUAUAUAAUAUGUUACGCUUUGGGAAUAUACCUAUUGAACCUUUUCUUGGCCUUCUUGACUCCAAAGUUUGAUCCAUCAUUAGAGCAAGAAUUGAAGAACGAAUCAAUUGAAGAAGGUGUACAAGACGAAGAACCAGAUAAAGACAGCGAUGAAUUCAGACCAUUUAUUAGAAGAUUACCUGAAUUUAAGUUUUGGUACAAUGCUACACGCGCAACUAUUGUUGCUUUGUUCUUAUCUCUCUUUGAGAUCUUUGAUAUUCCUGUGUUUUGGCCAAUCCUUUUGAUGUAUUUUAUCAUUUUGUUCACUUUGACAAUGAGAAAACAGAUUCAACACAUGAUCAAGUACAAAUAUUUGCCAUUUGACUUUGGUAAAGCUAGAUAUAGAAGAACUUGA